AUGAGUAUCCCUUUGCACACACAUAUAAAUAUCCAAUUGAAGUAUGACUAUAGUGCUGUUGUUAGUGCCCCCGUUUUUACGCAGCUGUUGAAAAGUUUAGCUAAGGAUUAUCUCAAUAAAAGGGUACUUCCCUAUUCUGGCACAUUAGAGGAUGGCGGAGAGGCAGAUCUUCGGGAUGGUAAAUAG